AUGACCACUAUCUCGUUUGGCGACCGAAACCAGGGGUUACAGGUGGGUACCAAUAACGGGCCUAUAUACUAUGCAUCUGCCAGCGGACUUGGACUAAUUGUGGUCCCAGAGCAACCGGAACCCCGCCCAGAGCCACUAUCAACCGUCCCGUUCCCGCAUGACCCAGAUUUUGUCAGUCGCGAUGAGCUCCUCGAUCAAAUCCACGAAAAAUCAUCGAUACCGUCUAGAAUAGUUCUUGUUGGCCUAGGAGGGGUUGGCCAAAGAAAAUCUCGACUCGCCAUCGAACAUUGCCAUCGAGUACGGCAGCAAUCGCCCGACACCUGGGUUUUCUGGGUCCACGCGAGUAACACCGCGCGGUGUGAGGAAAGUCUUCGCAACCUUGCCGACCGUGCUAAGAUUCCCGGGCGCCAGGAUCGCAACUCGAAUAUUUUCCAAGUAUUCGGCAAUUGGUUGCAAGAUGGGAAGAUCGGAAAAUGGAUUCUUGUCCUUGAUAAUGUCGAUGAUGAUGAGCUUCUUCAGAAACCUUUAACUUCUCGGAUGGAGGCCCAAGCGGAUACCCAGAGACAUACUCCAACGCAACCCCCGCUGAGGUACCUCCUUCAAAGCUCGAAUGGCUCUAUCAUUGUCACGAGCCGGAAUAAAGCAGUAGCAUUGGAGAUCGCUGGCCACAAGAAGAACCUGAUUGAUGUGUUACCAAUGAAUUCAGCCGAGGCGCUACUUCUUUUACAGAAGAAGCUAGACGAAUCUGCCGAGAGAGAGGAAUUGGUACAACUGGUCCAUGAACUUGAGUUCAUGCCACUCGCAAUUGCCCAAGCAGCUAGCUAUAUCAACCACCGUUCACCCCGAUGCUCAGCAUUAGAAUACCUAGAAAAGCUUCGGCAGAGUGAUCGGCAAGCAACGAAACUUCUUGAUCACGAGGGAAAACAUAUGCAUCGAGAUUGGGAGGCUAAAAACUCUAUUCUACGCACUUGGCAAAUUUCGUUCGACCAUAUUCGAGGAAUCAGACAAUCUGCCGCUGAUUUGCUGUCUCUCAUGAGCUUUUUUGACUGGCAAGGGAUCCCGGAGGAUCUUCUACAGAUGCAAGACAUGUACAGAAACCAUGAGUCUUCAGAGGUUCCACAACACGCUGGGAACAGAUCGAGUGAUGAGGAUACGGAUUCCUCAUCUGAAGCCGACGUAGAUAACGAUUUUGAGAGCGAUAUUACGAUCCUCAAAGACUAUUCGUUUAUUACUUCAAGUAAAGAUAGGACGGUGCUCACAAUGCAUCGGCUGGUACAGUUAACAGUACGUAUAUGGUUGAAAACCCAUGGCCAGGCGGAGGAGUGGAAGGAUUGCUUCAUUAAUGUCCUUUAUCGUGAAUUUCCGACUGGUCAAUAUGACAAUUGGGAGAAAUGCCGGUCCUUGUUCCCACAUGUCAGGUCAGCCGUUGUACAUCGACCGAAAUCACAAGAUUCACUCCGGAUCUGGGCUACGCUACUCUACAAAGGGGCGUGGUAUGCGAAAGAAUGUGGCAGUAAUUCAGUGGCGGAGGACAUGGCGGCUAUGUCGAGGGAGCAGAGAAUAAAGAUUCGUGGUGUUGAAGAUCAGGAGACCCUUCAAAGCACUACGAUAUUAGCAGAAGUAUACCAACUAGAGGGCCGGUGGGAAGAGGCGGAGCAGCUCCAGUUACAGAUAACCGAGACUCGCAAGACGAAACUCGGCGCGGAUCAUACCUUCACGCUAAAUAGCAUGAGCCACCUAGCCUCAACGCUAUGGAGACAGGGCCGUUGGAAAGAAGCGGAGCAGCUCCAGUUACAGAUCAUAGAGAAUCGCAAGACGAAACUCGGCGCGAACCAUACCGACACGCAGGCAAGUAUAGCCAGCCUAUCAUUGACGUUAAUGAGCGAGGGCCGAUGGAAAGAAGCAGAACAGCUCCAGUUACAGGUCAUGGAAAAUCGCAAGACGAAACUCGGCGUGGACCGUCCCGACACACUGACAAGUAUGGCCAACCUAGCGUUGAUAGUAUGGCACCAGGGCCGAUGGGAAGAAGCGGAGCAGCUCGGGCUACAGGUCAUAGAGAAUCAUAAAACGAAACUCGGCGCGGACCAUCCUGACACGCUGGCAAGCAUGGCAAACCUAGCGUUGGCCUUAUGGAAACAGGGCCGAUAUACAGAGGCAGAGCAUCUCGGGCUGCAAGUUAUGGAGAUGAGCAAGAAGAAACUUGGCGCGGACCAUCCUGACACGCUGCUAAGUAUGGCCAACUUAGCUUUCACGUGGGAAUCUGCAGGCAAGCAUGCCGAAGCAAUUGAUUUGAUUCGCACCUGUGUAGUUAAGCAGCAACGAGUUUUAGGCCCCGCUCAUCCUUCUACUGUGUCGUGUGCCAAUACAUUGCUCAAAUGGGAAACUGCGCAUCUUAGUAAAGAUGCAUGA